GUGUCUUCUGGUCCCACUACCUCAAAUUUUUACAACACGUUCGUAGUGGUAUUUUUUUAUGAGCAUUUGAACCGUGGCUUAUCCAACACAUUACUUGAGUUAUACGGGUAAUUAGGCUUUACGAUUUAUUUUAAAUUUUUCAAAACUUCCAUAAUUUUUGUAUAAUAUAUUGAAGAUAGUGUCUAACUCUCUGUAGACUGAGUUCUCUUGUUCUUUUGAUAGGCGUGCACGUUUUGUAAUCAUUUGUUCAUCUGCAUCUAUAUAUACGUUGAGUAGUUUUUAGGCUUGUUACUGAAGCAGGUUUGAUAUUAUAUCCUAUUAUCAGCGUCUACAUUCGUUUGUCAGUAGGUAUUUGAUUUUAUGCUUCAGGUGCCAAUGUCUAGAGUGUGUCGCUACUCUCUCUCAAACCCACCGCCCAGCAAGGGUCCUCUGAAUGGCAAUGAAACUAUUGAGGAGGCUGACCUCCUUGAUGUGCAGGCUUUACAGGCAGAAAAAGCCGGAGAUGAUCCACAAUGUAUUCAGAUCAUGGAGCGAUCUGUCCAGAUACGAGCUCGUGUGAUUUCUCAAAUGUCUGAACAGCUUCAAGGUAGCGAUGUCGAUAUGUCUGUCUACACAACUUACAAUAACGCCCUAUCCGGUCUCUCUGCAGCGGCAGAGCGACUUGCCAUCAAGUGCAACACCUUUGCGAUCCAAAAGUUCAAACAACGGGACUUCAACACAGCAGAAUCACUAUUGAAGUAUAUUCUGGAUCUAACCAGUGAGCAGGGAUCGUUUCUGUGCCAGUCUGAUGAACGCCGUUGCUACCUCCGUAGCGUUACACUCAACAAUUUAGGUUGUAUGGAGCGCCGUCGGGGCCACUACCCUGAGGCACUUAAGUAUUUGCAAGAGUCGAUGGAAGUUGUUGGUUCGGAGUCACCAAUUCCUUACAUUAGCAUAAGUGCAAUUCUGCUGCAGCUGCGGCAAUGUGAGGACGCAGCUAAUAUGGCACAACGGGCGAUUGAUCUGAUGCCCGAUGUUCCAAAGGAUCCAUCGCUUAUUGCUGUGGCACACCAUAAUCUUGCUAUGGCGUUGGAAACCAUUUCGAAGGAUGCAUCUUUUGAGGAGUAUGAGGUUGCCUAUAAGAUGGCUUCUGCUACGUUGGGAAAGGAAAGUCCCACUACACAGUUGAUUUUGGCAAAUUGGCAGAGGUUUGAGAGGAUACAUUGCCCAGAAACGACGCUUGCAGGCCGGUCUGCUGUAGGCCAAAGUUCCCUAUCAAAAUCACCUAUGAACGGCGCACAAGUUAACCGCCCUAGUUCCUUUCGAAAACGUGAGCCUAUUCCUAAUAGCAAACAGGACCCACAUCAGGUGAGUGGCAGUAACCAAGUAGCUGACAUAUUUCCACAUCCAUUCUUUCGCAGUCAAUAUGAAAUUCCUGGUACUAGCUCCUUUAGCAGAAAUAAUAAAUCACAACCUUAUUUUGACAGUUUACAGCAUUUUGCACACAAGCCACUUUUUCCACAUGUUAAGGGUGACACUGCAGGUAGCCACGGCACUGAGCGUCGUCCUUUACCAAAAUACGCACCCAAUCUACAAAAGGGUGCAAUGGAAACUGCUGCCAAUCCUCAUCCUGCGGCUUCGGACAUAGCAUCUGCUGUUGAUAAGUUACCGCACACUUUCCCACCCAACACCGAGCGCUACACACUGAAGUCACUUGCUCAACAUGGCACGGAUAGAGGAUGGGUAGAAACUUUACCACCUAUCGCUAAACCCACACCGUUUCUCCCUAAUGUUCCAAAGCACAAUACUCCUCGAAAGACUAAGCCAAGCUCUAGCAAGGCAAUCCAACUCUGUAAAGCUGUUUCGCCCCCCCACAAGGCACCAGCUACGAAGGAAUUUACUCGGACCAAGACUGUGACGAGGAAGAUAUCUCCGCACAAGACCGAAGCUGCAAAGGAAGCUCUGCGGAACUCGCCGCCCAAACCUCUUCACAAUGCUUUAUCUUCUGCUUCAGACCCGACAGCUCCCAUUUCUUUCAAUCGUACCGAUACCUCUGCAGUGCGCGGGCAUCCGGCUCACACCGCCUUUGUCAAGGUUUCUACAGCAAAUACUCUAACGCAGUCCAAGAGCCCAGGAGCGAUGACAUCACAUUCACCUAAGCGUGCGGCCCAAUCUUCGGACUGUGCUGUGAGGCAAGAUGCAGCGGAGGGAAUAUACGCUACCGAUACCCUCAUUACUUCGCCAUCUUUUUCUAGACCAAGUAAGGAUCUAGUAGAGUCAAUGAUAGAUCGACUGGAGAUGCUCCUCCAUGAUGAGGAGGAGAUGGAGCGCAAGUACACGAAGGCUUUGAUUAUUCAGAAAAACUACCGCCGCCAUUUGUCGCAACGACGUGUACUUACGAUGCGAGUGAAUAUGGACUUUGAGAACCGAUUACGCCGUAUUCGUGAAAACUUGGCGGCAAGGACGAUUCAAACGGCAUAUAGACGCACGCUUGGUAGCCGCUCUGUGGCGCACGGUUGUCGCCGCCCACCACGGCGUACCACCCGUGGCAUGAUAAACAUGGCGGCUGUUCGGAUACAGUCGGUGGCCAGAGGCUGGCUAGCCCGUCGUGAGUAUCUGCGGCGACAACACUAUCAGCGUGUGUGCGACAGCGCCUCAACUCGAAUCCAGAAUUGGUUUCGAUGCCUUCGGGCGCGUCAAGAGCUCCAGAGAUUGCAGAUUCAGAGGAGAUUCGAGGAGGAGCCCAUCUUCAGGUUACAGCGACAGGACUACGCCGCGAAUAUUAUACAAAAAGUAUGGCGUACCCACCGUCAAAUUCGAUUAUCCCGGGAGGAGCUUCAACAGCGCCGUGUUCGCAGGCUUGAGGAAGAAAUGCAUCUUCUUUCCAAAGCCGCUUCUAGAAUACAGAGCGUCUGGCGUGGAUUUGUCUGUCGUCGGCAGGUUCGCACGUGCAUGGUAAUCGCAAAACAGCGUGAGGCUGAACGAUACGAGUAUCAGCGCCUCCGAAAUGCCACAAUCAAGAUACAAAGCUUUUGUCGCGGCAUGCUUGUGAGGCGUCAAACCUCUCCUUUCUUGGAUAGGGCACGGCGACGCGCUGCCAAGGCUAUCAACCUUCUCUCUCGUGCGCAUGCUGCUGCUGGUGUUAUUCAGCGUGCGUACCGUUGCCACCUUGGGCGUAGGCGGCUGUGUCUGCUCAAGGCGGAACACAAUGUUCUUGUGCGUGAGUCUCAACUCCUUGCUUUGGCCUCAUUGGUGCAGCGGGUAGGUAGAGGCUACUUGUUCCGUCUUAAUCUUUCAAAAGAAGUUUCGCACUUCGCAUGCGAAGCUAGGCGUUACCACCAACAACUAUCAGUACUACACCAAGGCGUUGCUCACAGUGAAAGCAAGUUCCCUACGGAGGUGUUGCAUUUAUUGGAACAAGAGGAAGAAACGCAGCGUUCCGUGAUAGAGAUAGAGGAGAGGCGCGCUUGGCGAUCUGUCAAGCACUGGGGUAAUACUAUUCCAAUGGAUUUGUCCGUAUUGCCGAUGGUUCGUAGAAAUUCAGGAGACCUUGCAGAAGCCACUGAUCCGAAGCAAGACGGGCCAGCUGAGGAAGUCGUGCGUGAGGUGUGUGUUUAUGAAUCUGAGAAGCUCUGUACCGCCAAACCUAAGGAGGAAUCGGCGGCGUUUAUCAUUACUCGCUUUAUGCGACGUGCCGCGAGUAAACGUGCUUUGGCACGGCAUGUCAAAGCGAUUCAGCAUCUGCGAGUGGAGGAGGAAGAUAGCGUUGCUGAAGAGGAUGUGACCUGUCGGGAUACUACUUUCGGAGAUAUCCCUGCAAUUGUGAAGAAACCCGUCAUGGAAUCGAGUCUCACGUCGGUAGACAACCGCGAAGCUGUUGCCCGUGAGCAGGAAGAGCUGAGGAAACUGGAGGAGAUGGAGAGGGUACUUGAAGAGGCGGAUAUCUUCCAAAGGUUGCUUGAAGCGGAGGCUGCAAUAUGCACUGCUUUUCCUGACGAGGAAGAGUUUUGUGUUGACAAUGGCGAAGAGAUGCCCCGAGAGCCAAGUGAGACAGAGGAGUUACACAUUGAUGGGCCAUCCUCGGAACCUGAUGAGGGGGGUACAGUUUCCAUUGUGCCGGAGGAAAGUCAGCUUAAGGAGUUUGGGGAUCGCGAGGUUCAGACUGAGGAGCCGAUCGCUCAAACUAGUCAUACCGAAGUCAUAGACACUACUGCGAUUGCCGAGUGUGAUGCUGUGGAAAUGCACAUGUCUGUUUUUGAUAGCCAUACUGAGCCUAUGCUUAACGCUCUUCUCGAUACGGCUGCACGGAUUCUUCAACAAUUUUUCCGUUUUGUUGUAGCUCGCAAAAAAUUGCUUCGACUUCAGCAGAUGAAUCGUGAGCGGCUAAACAUUGAACUGGCAGCUGAGGCAUUCCUCAAUAACGCAUCUACCGUCAUCCAGUCCGUUUUCAGGGGGCAUCUUGCACGACGGCGUGUACGGGAGCUAUAUGCAAGGCAGGAACGAUACUUGCGGUCCCUACACGAUGAGCUCACUAGUGAAAAUUCUGAUGAUAACAAAGUAGUUCUCACUGAUUCUAAAGUGAAUUCUAAGGGAAAGUCGUUUGAGGAUAAUGUAUUAUUUUCUAACGAGGUUGAAACUCAGUUCAAAUUCCCCUCUUGUGAUCAGAAAAAUGUUUCCAAAGAAUCUCCACCAAUUACUGCUGCAACGCUUUCCGUGUCAAUACCUUUUGAGUGUCGGAGCGUCAGUCGCAGCACUGCUUCUGUUGAAGAAAUAGAAUCUAAUGAUUAG